AUGGCAUCAACACCACUAUUGUUACUGAAGACGAACUGUCUACUGCUGCAACCACUAAAGAUGAGUACUGAUGAUGAAUCAUCUACUCCUGCUAUCACUAAAGAUGCGUUCACAACUAUCACAGUAACUGAUGGAGUAUCUACCGAAUCCACAGGAGCAGAUGGCAUCAACACCAUUAUUGUUACUGAAGACGAAUUGUCUACUGCUGCUGCCACUAAAGAUGAGUACACAACUAAUUCACUAACUGAGAAAGUAUCUACUGAGGCUACACCAAUUGAUGACAUCAUCACCAUUAUAUAUACUGACGACGAAUCAUCUACGCUUGCUACCACUAAAGAUGAAUUCACAACUAUCCCAGUAACUGAGAGAGUAUCUACUGAGGCUACACCAAUUGGUGGCAUCACCACCAUCUUAUAUACUGACGAUGAAUCAUCAACACCUGCUACCAGUAAAGAUGAGUUCACAAAUAUCUCAGGAACUGAUGGAGUAUCUACUGAGGCUACAGCAACUUAUGGCAUCACUACCAUCAUAUAUACUGACGACGAAUCAUCUACUCCUGCUACCACUAAAGCUGAUAUCACAACUAUUUCACUAACUGAGAGAGUAUCUACUGAGGCUACAUCAAUUGAUGGCAUCACCACCAUCAUAGUUACUGGUGAUGAAUCAUCUACUCCUGCUACCACUAAAGCUGAGUUCACAACUAUCUCAGUUACUGAUGGAGUAUCUACUGAAUCCACAGCAACAGAUGGCAUCAACACCAUUAUUAUUACUGAAGACGAAUUGUCUAUUGCUGCUACCACUAAAGAUGAGUUCACAACUAUCUCAGUUACUGAUGGAGUAUCUACUGAACCCACAGCAACUGAUGGCAUCAACACCAUUAUUGUUACUGAAGACGAAUUGUCUACUGCUGCUGCCACUAAAGAUGAGUACACAACUAAUUCACUAACUGAGAAAGUAUCUACUGAGGCUACACCAAUUGAUGGCAUCAUCACCAUUAUAUAUACUGACGACGAGUCAUCUACUGCUGCUACCAGUAAAGAUGAGUUCACAACUAUCUCAGUAACUGAGGGAGUAUCUACUGAGGCUACAGCAACUUAUGGCAUCACUACCAUCAUAUAUACUGACGAGGAAUCAUCUACUCCUGCUACCACUAAAGAUGAGAUCACAACUAUUUCACUAACUGAGAGAGUAUCUACUGAGGCUACACCAAUUGAUGGCAUCACCACCAUCAUAGUUACUGGUGAUGAAUCAUCUACUCCUGCUACCACUAAAGGAGUAUCGACUGAGGCUACACCAAUUGAUAGCAUCACCACCAUCAUAGCUACUGGUGAUGAAUCAUCUACUCAUGCUACCACUAAAGAUGAGUUCACAAAUAUAUCAGGAUCUGGUGGAGUAUCUACUGAGGCUAGAGCAACUGAUGGCAUCAACACCAUUAUUAUUACUGAAGACGAAUUGUCUACUGCUGCUACCACUAAAGAUGAGUACAUAACUAUUUCACUAACUGAGAGAGUAUCGACUGAGACUACAGCAAUUGAUGGCAUCAACACCAUCAUAGUUACUGAUGAUGAAUCAUCUACUCCUGCUACCACUAAAGAUGAGUUCACAACUAUCGCAGUAACUGAGGGAGUAUCUACUGAAUCCACAGCAACAGAUGGCUUCAACACCAUUAUUGUAACUGAAGACGAAUUGUCUACUGCUGCUACCACUAAAGAUGAGUUCACAAAUAUCUCAGGAACUGAUGGAGUAUCUACUGAGGCUACAGCAACUGAUGGUAUCACCACCAUCAUAUAUAUUGACGACGAGUCAUCUACUCCUGCUACCACUAAAGAUGAGUUCACAACUAUCUCAGUAACUGAGGGAGUAUCUACUGAAUCCACAGCAACAGAUGGCAUCAACACCAUUAUUAUUACUGAAGACGAAUUGUCUACAGCUGCUACCAUUAAAGAUGAGUUCACAACUAUUACACUAAAUGAGGGAAUAUCGACUGAGUUCACAACUAUCUCAGUAACUGAUGGAGUAUCUACUGAAUCCACAGCAACAGAUGGCAUCAACACCAUUAUUAUUACUGAAGACGAAUUGUCUACUGCUGCUACCACUAAAGAUGAGUACACAACUAUUUCACUAACUGAGGGAGUAUCGACUGAGGCUACACCAAUUGAUGGCAUCACCACCAUCAUAGUUACUGAUGAUGAAUCAUCUACUCCUGCUACCACUAAAGAUGAGUUCACAAAUAUCUCAGGAACUGGUGGAGUAUCUACUGAGGUUAGAGCAACUGAUGGCAUCAACACCAUUAUUAUUACUGAAGACGAAUUGUCUACUGCUGCUACCACUAAAGAUGAGUACACAACUAUUUCACUAAGUGAGAGAGUAUCUACUGAGGCUACACCAACUGAUGGCAUCACCACCAUCAUAGUUACUGAUGAUGAAUCAUCUACUCCUGCUACCACUAAAGCUGAGUUCACAACUAUCUCAGUAACUGAGGGAGUAUCUACUGAGGCUACACCAAUUGAUGGCAUCACCACCAUUAUUAUUAGUGAAGAUGAAUUGUCUACUGCUGCUACCACUAAAGAUGAGUACACAACUAUUUCACUAACUGAGAGAGUAUCGACUGAGUCUACAGCAAUUGAUGGCAUCACCACCAUCAUAUAUACUGACGACAAAUCAUCUACUGCUGCUACCAUUAAAGAUGAGUUCACAACUAUUUCACUAACUGAAGGAGUAACGACUGAGUCUACACCAAUUGAUGGUAUCACCACCAUCAUAGUUACUGAUGAGGAAUCAUCUACUCCUGCUACCACAAAAGAUGAGUUCACAAAUAUCUCAGGAUCUGGUGGAGUAUCUACUGAGGCUAGAGCAACUGAUGGCAUCAACACCAGUAUUAUUACUGAAGACGAAUUGUCUACUGCUGCUACCACUAAUGAUGAGUACACAACUAUUUCACUAACUGAGGAAGUAUCGACUGAGGCUACACCAAUUGAUGGCAUCACCACCAUCAUAGUUACUGAUGAUGAAUCAUCUACUCCUGCUACCACAAAAGAUGAGUUCAUAAAUAUCUCAGGAUCUGGUGGAGUAUCUACUGAGGCUAGAGCAACUGAUGGCAUCAACACCAGUAUUAUUACUGAAGACGAAUUGUCUACUGCUGCUACCACUAAUGAUGAGUACACAACUAUUUCACUAACUGAGGAAGUAUCGACUGAGUCUACACCAAUUGAUGGCAUCACCACCAUCAUAGUUACUGAUGAUGAAUCAUCUACUCCUGCUACCACUAAGGAUGAGUUCACAUCUAUCUCAGUAACUGAGAGAGUAUCUACUGUGGCUACAGCAACUGAUGGCAUCACCACCAUCACAUAUACUGACGACGAAUCAUCUACCGCUGCUAGCACUAAAGUCAAGUUCACAACUAUUUCACUAACUGAGGAAGUAUCUAAAGAGGCUACAGCAACUGAUGGCAUCACCACCAUCAUAUAUACUGAUGACGAAUUGUCUACUGCUGUUACCACUAAAGAUGAGUUCACAACUAUCUCAGUAACAGAUGGGGUAUCUACUAAAUUCACAGCAACUGAUGACAUCAACACCAUUAUAAUUACUGAAGACGAAUUGUCUACUGCUGCUACCACUAUAGAUGAGUACACAACUAUUUCACUGACUGGGGGAGUAGCUACUGAGGCCACAACAAUUGAUGACAUAACCACCGUCAUAUAUUCUGACGAAUCAUCUACUGCUGCUGCUACCACUCGACAUAAAUUCACAACUAUUUCAGUAACUGAGGGAUUAUCUACUGAGGCCACAACAGUUGAUGGCAUCACUAACAUUAUUGUUACUGAUGACCAAUUAUCUACCACUGAUACAACUGAAGAUGAGUUCACAUCUAGUUCACUAACUGAGGGAGUAUCUACUGAGGCCACAACAAUUGAUGGCAUCACUAACAUUAUUGUUACUGAUGACCAAUUAUCUACCACUGAUACAACUGAAGAUGUGUUCACAUCUAGUUCACUAACUGGGAGAGUAUCUACUGAGGCCACAACAAUUGAUGGCAUCACCACCAUCUUAUAUACUGACGACAAAUCAUCUACUGCUGUUACCACUAUAGAUGAGUUCACAUCUAGUUCACUAACUGAGGGAGUAUCGACUGAGUCUACACCAAUUGAUGGCAUCACCACCAUCAUAGUUACUGAUGAGGAAUCAUCUACUCCUGCUACCACUGUAGAUGAGUUCACAACUAUCUCAGUAACUGACGGAGUAUCUACUGAUGCCACAAUGUUUGAUGACAUUACUGCCCUAAAUUACACUACUGUUGUUGGAAAAUCUACUACGCCUCAAGACACAUUUUCUGUAGAGUCUACUACAGAGCAAAUUACUAGCACCAUAUUUACUACGGCAACGCAAGACCAGUUCUCCUCAGAACCUGCAAUUGCCACUGCUAUGGUGACAAUACAUGGAGCAUCUGUUGCUACAACAACUGAAGUUAAUUUCUCCACAGAAUCAACCACUGCACUUGUUACUGCUACCCAUACGGUGACUUCGCAUGGAGUGUCUACUUUUACAACCACUCAAGAUCAGUUCACCACAGUCUCAACUACUGAGCCUACACUGACAACACAUACAGUGCCUACCGUUACAACAAUUCAAGGUCUGUUUUUUACAGGGUCAACCACUGAUCUCAUAACUGACACAGAAAUGGUGACAACAUUGGAGCAUCCCAUUACCAACAUCGUCUCAAGUCCCGGUUCCACUUUAUCAAUGGCGACGUCGAUUCCUGUCACGUCUACCCGGUCAACGCCGGGAACAAGUGACCCGUCUACUGUGGAGAUGAUUACUUUGGAAUUAUGCAAUUUGGAAUGUAUGCAUGGCAUUUGCUCAUUUGACAGUAAUAACGAACUCACUUGCAUCUGUGAUGAUGGAUAUGAAACACAGCGAGGGAAAGCAAAGCUGUGUGUUGAUAUAAACGAAUGCAAGGGGAAAGUAUGUGACCGUCCCAAUGAAAGGUGCAUCAACACAGAUGGCAGCUACACAUGUGAAUGUAAGCCUGGCAGCGCCAUUAACAAAGAUGGGGAUUGUCAGAAAUCCCGCCGACACCAAGGCGAAUUCGUAAUUACAGCGAUUGAUGGUGAACCUGCAGUGUUCAACGAUUCUUUGAAAGACCCUUCAUCUUCUUACUUUAAGGAAACCGCCGCCCUCAUUGAAGCAUCGAUUGAUUUGGUGUACAACAACGACGCGCGUACAGCGGGUUCAUACAUUAUCUCCAAAGUUGACAGUUUCAGAGAAGGGAGUAUUAUAGCAGAAUUUCAAACAGACAUCGUCUAUGAAUCUUCACUGACGUCUGACGACAUGUAUAUGAUCUUAGAAACAUUUGCACAGAACAGCACUUUUCUAACUAAAAGCAACUCCUCCGUAGCAUUUCCACUUGUAUUCGAGAAGCAGACUGUUAUAUUUGGGGAUUAUUUGGAAUGUUCAUAUAACUUCACAAACGACUGCUCGUCACAUGCUCUAUGUGCUGAGAUUGACGGUUCAUUCAAUUGUUCCUGUAACCCAGGUUAUGAUGACGUAUCAUCAGAGGCUGAUGGGGCAGGAAGAGAUUGCGUUGAGAUAUGUCCAUAUGAGUUCUGUCACAACGGUGGAACCUGUAUCGGUGAUGCAAUGCAGAACCGCGAAUGCAUAUGUCCACCUGGUUAUGAAGGCGAAACAUGUGAUAUUAUAGUAUCAAAAGCAGCGGAUGGUACGUACCUUAAAGUUGUAUUCGAUCUAUGA